GUACCGGCGUUGCGUGUGUAACUGACGAUUUGUCAGAUGGUGAGUGCGAGCAAAAACGUAACCAAACAAACCAACGGCAAGAGACAAAAACUGCGAGCGAAAUUGCACAGCGCACAAUUUUUAACUUAAUUUCGCUCAUUUCGUGUGCUGGAGAGCAAACGAGAUGUGUCAUGUCGUCGCGAAAAUUCAAGAUAAAUUAACACGACUUUUCUCGACGGUUUGACAAGCCAAUAUGGAAACGCGAGCGAGAGAACAGACUGAUUAAUAUUGCACAUAUGAGUCGUUAUCAUGUUCGCACAACGACGGCGCGCGUUCGGCAUGUAAUUUGAGACGAAGUUUGUUGACAACGUCGAUUUGCGAGAGAGCGGUAUUUUUUUUUUUUUGGUGAUCGAAUUAACGCGCGCGAUAAUAUACAAUGAUGACGUUGCACCUGGCGAAGGAGAAACAUGCCAAAUACUUCCGCAGGGUACUACAGAUGAUACCGAGCAGUAUGGCAGAAUUUGAUUCCACCAGACUGAUGAUAGCAUAUUUUGCGUUAUCUGGUUUGGACGUGUUGAAUUCGCUGGACGAGAUCGACCAGCAAACCAGAUCCGAGGCGAUCGAGUGGAUUUACGGCCUUCAGCUGAAGAAAGCCGGACCUCGUUCCGGCUUUCAGGCCUCAACAACAAUACCAAAGGAUACCCCAGAUUAUCAGUGCGGUCAUUUGGCGAUGACGUACACCGGUUUGGUCACUCUUCUUAUCCUGGAUGACGAUCUGAGUCGAGUGGACAGAAAGUCCAUCGUCGAGGGUGUUCGCGCCUGUCAGAAUCCCGACGGAUCCUUCACCGCGAUGGUCACCGGAUGCGAGAGUGACAUGAGGUUUCUCUAUUGUGCUUCUUGCGUUUCUGCGAUUUUAGACGACUGGUCGGGUAUUGACAUUCCAAGAGCUGUGGACUACAUUCUACGAAGCAUUUCGUAUGACGGCGGUAUUGGUCAAGGACCGGGUCUCGAGUCUCACGGUGGAUCCACUUUCUGUGCGGUGGCGAGUUUGUUUCUGAUGAAGGAACACGUUGUUAUAUGGGACGUGUUGGGGCAGGAUCGUUUGGCUCGGCUGGAGCGUUGGUGCCUUAUGAGACAGGAUGGCGGAUUUCACGGAAGGCCUGGAAAACCGUCCGAUACGUGUUACAGUUUCUGGGUUGGUGCUACGCUUGAACUGUUACAGUUCCUCAACUUUUCGGACGCCGAGCAGAAUAAGGAAUUUAUUCUCAGAACUCAGGACAAGGUCACCGGAGGAUUGGCAAAGUUCGAGAACACUCGGCCUGAUCCCUUGCAUACAUAUUUAGGUCUGUGUGGCUUAAGUCUCUUAGGACAUCCGGACGUGUGUUCGAUAAACUCCGAGCUCAAUAUCUCCCAACGAGCUUACAAUCAUUUGCGGCAGAUUCACAAACGAUGGCGGAGCGAAUGAUGAUUUUAUGAAUCGAAAAUAAAAUUCGAGGGACAUUCGUGAUCAUAUCAAACGCACAGAGUUUAUAUCAGGUCAGACAGUUUUUUAGUAUCCCAUCGCGUCCUCUGUGCGCUAAAAGUUCUCAUUCUAAAGACGUCAAUUAACACUGCUACAAUACAAUAAUUACCGUAUCGCAUUGAUAAAUGUUUUGUCUUUACAUGAUUUGAAGCUGUUUGUUGAACGAUACGCUUGUUAACCAGUUGUAUGUAUAGAUAGUGCCAGAAGACAGUGCGUCCGACGAAGAAUCUUAAUAAAAGGACAAUUUAGAUUA